GUGGAGAAGACCACUGACUUCCCCUCUGCUGAGUUCUCUCUGGUGGAGGAUGUAGCUCUGCACUUCACCUGUUUGAUGGACAGGCUGAACGAGCAGCGCCUCUUCCAGCCUGACCUGUGCGACGUCGACAUCGUUCUGGUACGUCAGCGCAGCACCUUUCCGGCCCACAAGGGCGUGCUGGCGGCCUACAGCCCUUUCUUCCACUCCCUGUUCGCCCAAAGCAAGCAGCUGCGACGGGUGGACCUGUCGCUGGACGCCCUGACCUCGCAGGGCCUGCAGCAAAUACUCAACUUCAUUUACACCUCCAAACUGCUGGUGAGCAGCCGCACUGUCCGCGACGUGCUGAACGCAGCCACCCUGCUUCAGAUGAGCGACAUCGCUGCCUCCUGUCGUGACCUCAUCAGCAGCCACUCGCUGAGAACCACCUGCACAGAUAUGGCAAAUCAGGAAGGGCUUGGCAGCGGUGAACCAGCGGUGGCGAUUACUGCCAGCCAGCUGUACCGGGAGAUCAAACAGGAGUCAGAGCUGGGCAGGGUGUACACGAGGGAGGGCAGCAGCCCGUUUUCUGUGCGGGUGGAGGAGGCGGGAAAGACGCCCUCCCAGCAGAAGCACUACUACCAGAAAGAGGAGGGGACAGGGGGCGGGGCCGGCUCAGGUACUCUGUGCAAAGUAGAAGGCAACGGUGAGGAGUCGAAGUCCUCAGACAGCCACUCCUUCAACAGAGAUCAGAUCAUUGUUGAAGUGAACCUCAACAACCAGACCCUCAAUGUGUCAAAGGGAUCGGAGGGAAAAUCAGCAUCCGCCACUGAGACGGCCACCAUGUUUACUCGUUGCCAUGACAAUGAGAGAGAUUCAGAAGAUGAUGAUGAGAACGAGCUGGAGAACAAUGACACAGUUGAGGAAGAUGAGGAAGACCUGAAGAGGGGAGACCUACUGGGACAGAGCAGCGAGGAGGAAGAUGAAGAGGAGGAUGAAGAGGAGGAGGAGAACACCCUUAACAUUCCAGGCUUGGAGCAGACGUCCAUAAUGGAUCGACCUCGACGGGGUAUCAGAGCCUUGGCCAUGGCGGGAACCACGGCCUCCAUGCGGCACACGCUGGCAGAGGCUACACUAGCCAACCAGCGGCCGGGUGGGAAGAGGAGUCUGGAUACAGAGGGCCUGGGCCAGAAAGUGAGGCUGGAGGAGAAGCAGCAUUUCCCGUGUAAGAAAUGCCCCCGCAUCUUCAACAACCGCUGGUAUCUGGAGAAGCACAUGAACGUCACUCACAACCGCAUGCAGAUCUGCAAUAACUGCGGGAAACGCUUCCUGUUGGAGAGCGAGCUGCUGCUGCACCAACAGACCGACUGCGAGAAGAGCAUCCAGUGUGCAACAUGUGGCAAGGCCUUCAAGAAGCUGUGGUCAUUACACGAGCACAACAAGAUCGUCCAUGGUUACGCCGAAAAGAAGUUCUCCUGCGAGAUCUGUGAGAAGAAGUUUUACACCAUGGCUCAUGUCAGGAAGCACAUGGUCGCCCAUACAAAGGACAUGCCGUUCACGUGCGAGACGUGCGGGAAGUCGUUCAAGCGCAGCAUGUCCCUGAAGGUUCACUCUCUGCAGCACUCAGGAGAGAAACCCUUCAAGUGUGAGAACUGUAGCGAACGCUUCCAGUACAAGUACCAGCUGCGCUCCCACAUGAGCAUCCACAUCGGACACAAGCAGUUCAUGUGUCAGUGGUGCGGAAAGGACUUCAACAUGAAACAGUACUUUGAUGAGCACAUGAAGACACACACUGGAGAGAAGCCGUACAUCUGUGAGAUCUGUGGGAAGAGCUUCACCAGCCGGCCCAACAUGAAGCGUCACCGCCGCACUCACACCGGAGAGAAACCGUACCCCUGCGAGGUGUGCGGCCAGCGCUUCCGUUUCUCCAACAUGCUCAAGGCCCACAGGGAGAAAUGCUUCCGCGUCAGCAACCCCAUGGUUGCCGACGGAAGUGACCCCCUCGGGCUCGACCAGCCCCUGGGGUCGCCUGCUGUGGACUCGUCCGGUCAGGUCCAGCUGGGGACGGUGCUUCCCGCCACGUCUGUGACCACGCCCCCUGCUGCCUCUAGCCCCCACCCCUUCCACGGCACCCAACUGUCCCUCCCCCUGCUGCACCCCAUAGGUGGGCUUCCUCCCGUCCCUCAUUUACGCCCACCGCCUCCCCUGUUCUCUGCCGGUAGGAUGAACUCCAACAACUAACAAAUCUCUCUUGCAUUGAAAGCACUUUGUUACCUUUGUUUUACCGUUAUUUUUUCUCUAAACUUUUAAGACGACUCGUGCAGCAGGAGAAUGCAGCUCCUUGACACAAAGGGGAAAAACAGAUUGAAGGCUACACAGAGGCCUCAUAAAAACACACAUACACACACCACAAUAAUAAAGAGUUAUUUUUUACUCUCUUGAAUACAAUAGAUAACCUCAGUGUCCAGUAGGACGUGUCGUCAUCACUCUUCUUUCUCCUCGUUUCACAACCCUGUCCUGGUUUCAUUUGGGAUUUUCAAACACCACAUCUUUCCAGAGCCUUGCACAAUGCAUUGAUUGUAGCAUCUUUUAAAAAAUGGGUGGAAGACUUUCCUAAAUCUUCACUCAUCCUGGGCUCAUCAGUCGAGUGAGAACCACAUUGAAAAAAAAAAAAGUUUUAUUUGCUGUUCUCUGCCAAGAUGUAGCGAGUGGUUCUGGUUCCUACCCAGCAAUAACCAAAUGCUGAUUUGUCUUUGAGCAUAUACAUGUAUACGGCGGCAUUGCCAAUAACCAAAUCCUGUUAGCUCACCUGCUAUAGUUAGGUAACGUUAUACAGCAUUUAUAAUCGAUCCUGCACCUUACAUUUAACUCUAGUGAUAUUUAAAAUGUAAUCCUAUUUGUCCUAAUUUUUAUAAUUGUGAUCGUGUGUAAUUUGUGGCACGUUAACGUCAAUUUAUAAGGAUUUAAGAGAAGUGGCGACGCUUGGUGAGUCGACUGUGCAAUGCAGUGUGUGUGUGUGUGUGUGUGUGUGUGUGUGUGUGUGUGUGUGACGGGCAGAGAUGUGAAGCAGAGAUGGGAGGUUAGAAUAUUCAGAUUCUACAUUCACCUAGUUAAAGCUUGAGCUUCCCUAAAAGCAGGAGAUGGAGUAAUCUGUUCACUCGUUUUGUUGCUUACAUUAAGCAAGCUCGCUCCUCUCCUGCAGAUCUGGCUCCGAGACAAUACGGCACUUUUCUGUGACUUGUUAGUAAAACCUUAUGUACUCUGGCCUACAGUGUAUCUGUAGGUCUAAUUCUAAUGUUAACUUUCAGCUCAUUUCUCCACUAAACCCAAUCUGUGUAAUUAGUUUGCAGAAUACCAACCCUAUAGGGAUAAUUAUAUUCACAAACUCUGCUUAUGUAGCUCAUUAAGUGUGCACAUUUCAUCAUGAUGUAUAUUGUGAAAUGUUAAACAUUAUAUUACAAUGCCUAAAUCUCUUAAAGAGCACUGACAGUGAUUACUUUUGGCACAACAGAGCUCAUCACUAAAAGGGCUCUUAACUGUUACUGUACAGACUAGUCAGCAGUGACCUGCGGAAGUGAAACAAAGUUAGGAACGUGUAAUAUAUGUGGUGUGACAACCGCUCAAAAAAUGGUGGCUCAGUGUGCACUCUUGACAAGUGAUUGUCACAAAUCGACUGGAGUAGAAGUAAAGGAAAUGUAAUCACAUCCUUGUCCACAAAAAUGUCUCGAAGGAAUAGUUCAGCAAUUUAGGAAAUGCACUUAUUUGCUUUCUUGCGGAGGAAUUAUGUUCGAUAUCGUUGAAUGUAAAUAAAAACUGACGAUGCAUCUCCACUUCCUUUUAAUCUCAGAAAAUGAAGCCAAAUAUCCAUCUUGCACAUUUAGAGUCCCAGUCUGUGCUGCAGUGAUCCGGGGACGGAGCCGCUGAUACACACUGUCAACCAAUCCUUAGUCAGAUAUAGCAUCAAAUAACUAAUUAAAACCAAACUUAGUGCAAUCAUGACACUUUGGCUUCAUUUUUGGAGAGCUGGAAAGUCGUCCAUCCUUAUAUACAGCCUACGAUUUCCCACACAAUGAAUAUGAAUAUGAAUAUUAGAUUAGCGUAUCAUUUAGACUGGAAAGGGCUCGUUAUUUCUGUUCAAAAUUUAAAAACAGCCACAGACAACUGAAGGUAAUCAGCAGGUGGGUUUUGUCUCCCAUUGACAGUUUUUGGCUUCCAAUCUUUAUGUAAUGCUAAACUAGCUGCAGCUGGUUGGAUACAUAAAGACUGAAAACGGGGAAACAGCUAGCAUGGUUCUGUCGAUACAGAGUACUGUGACUUCUUGCGUCUCCACAAAUGAUCCAGAUAUAAAUUAAUAACCUGUACCUGUUAGCCCUAACCCUCAAGUGGUGGUUGUUACCUUUGAGCUAAACUAAGCUAACUCUUUCCACCUGUUUUGGUGUUAGGAUCUGACUGUCAACAAGAAAGCAAAUAGAUGUUGCUUCCAAAAUGUCAAACUAUUUUUUGAAAUCUGACGUUUUCUUUCGUAAAGAGUCUCUGUGCACUAUCGAUGCACACCCGCUCACUUUAUCUCUAGCUAGCCUUCCCGUAGUGUCGCAUUAACCUGUAAAUAUUGUUAAGACGUGUUUCUUCCUUGUGAUUAAUUCCUAAUGUUUACAUUUGGAGAGUCAGUUGAAUGUGCCCCCACAUGUGUCUUGGCUGGUGACUAUAGCGGAAAUUGGAAUUUGCAGAUUAAUCUUUUGUACAUAAGCCGUUAACUUGUUUUAUUUAAAAGACAGAUUUAAGCACCUUAGAGUAGUCUUAUGUCUUCGCUCAUCCCAGUCAAAUGUAUUCCCUAAACUGCCAUGGAUAUAUGGACAGGGCCACGUCAGAUGAUAUUUGAUGAUGGUACGUUUUAAAUGUUUUCUUCAUGUGUUAAACACAUGUUUUGUAUUUUUUGCUGCUUUUUUCGGGGUCCAGUGAGACUGCCUUUUAAAUGAGAAGUCGAGAGCUGUUGAAUUGUUGGCUGUGAUAAAUCUGAUUAAGCCUUACUGGACGGUGAGCUCCAGGGUGGGAAAUGAGAUACAGUUGAGGAGGCGGUAAACGUCAACACUUUAUACCCGACUAAGGUUUGAUGUAGACGAUGGGUUGUUGACACAGAGGGGGAUGAAGGCAACCUGAACAAUAAGGACUGUUGCUCUCUUGUGGCAACUCAGUAAACUGCACUCAAUUAGCAAUCCUACACUAAAGAAAGAGAAAAGCCUUCCUCAAAGUACAUUAUCAUUUAUUUGAGAAGCUAGUUCCUUUGGAGUCAUGGAAAAUAGCUAAAAAGCCACUUACCAAGUGUUUUUCCACUUUACCGUUUUGAGAAGUACUAGCCUGAGAGACACUAAUGAAAUACUGUGGUUAUAGCUGGUGUGUUUGCCUUAUGGGGGAUUUGAAUGUGUUCUGGGUGUAGCUGACAGUAAAGGAGGUAGGUAUAGUAGUUCAGACUACUGAUUUAUGCACUUUUGAUUGUCACACUUGCCCAUUAUGGGGACAUGUAUGCAGAUUCAAGAUGGAAAGAAGAAAGCAGAGAUGUGUCACGGUGGAAAAGUUUAAAUCCAAAGGCAUACAUUUUACAUUUAAAUGUACCAGGUGGAUUUUGAUUCUCAUGAAUUAUUAACAAAUUGUAUACAAAUCAGUGAUUCUCUCUGUAUCAUUUGUUUCAGACGUCACAGUAAGUAAGUUGCAGGCCUCGACCUGACCUGUGCUUUGUCUCGUUGAAUAACUUAGAGGAUGAUUUGCUGUGGUGGGACAUCCUGCACACUGAGGACGACUGAGCCGUGUCACUGUGCCACUAAAUUGGCGUAUCGGCCUGUUUUUGCACUGUGCUCCUCUUUAAGUUGACUCCUCCCUAAGGAUGCAUUCAAUACAGCUACAGCUGUUUGUGGUUUGUUUGUUGCCUGAUCACAACCACACUCGAGAGAUAUUUUACCAGUUUGCUCCGAUUAAAGGAGCAAUAUGAGACUGUUAUGUUUUGUCCAAUGAGAAAGUGUGAAGAUAGUCGUCAUUUGCCAAAUUGAUAAAUGGGAAAGAUUCAAUAAUUAUUAUGAGCACUUUAUGAUCCAGUUCAGCUGGUCCGGUUUGAAGGCUGAUGCAGUAGCACUUAUUUGAAUUUUUAAAAAAGCUGAUGUAGUAAUGUUUAUUUUUUUGUUUGUUUGAUUUUGUUUUGUAAUAUUUCCAUGGCAAACGAUUAUAGGAAAUUACAAAAGUGCAGUUUCUGCCAAAAAUGUGUUCCUGGCAGGUGCUGAGUUCUCUGACACAACAUUUCAACCAAAGGGAAAAAAACCUGUUUGUUCAGAUCCUGUUAAAACAACACAUCCAACUGCCUGUACCUGAUCGAAAUAAUGUUAUACUAGAACCUAUUAAGUAUUGUGCUUCCAAACCAAAUGAUGCAGUAUUAAUCAGCUGCUGGUCUGAUAAAUCAAACAAACAGCGUUAUAUACAUCAUUUUGGAGGGAAAUUUUUGUACAGGCCAAGAUUCAUCUAAUAAAUUGGUUUGUAUGUAAAAAAUGUGGUAAAAAUAUAAUUUGAUUCAGAUGUACAGUGUAAAAAACUGUAUCAAGGGAAGGUUUCGGGACUGACCUGUCUUUAAACUCUAAAUCUAGAAAGCAUCAUUUGCUUGUUAAUCCUUCAUCUUGGAUUAUUUAGUUUCUUAAAUCUUCCCAAAUUUCAGAUGCAAAGGAGAGAAACAAACCCUGUGACAUCAGUAAAGCAAUGGUUUAUAGAAACACAUUUGCGGACCCUUGCAAUAACUAAAUCCUGAAAAUUCCCACGAGUAUUAAUUGUGUGUUUUUUGAUUCAGUGCUUAAAGUUUAAAUUGCAGUAAUUCUAGUUAGUGAUAAGGGAGAUUUUGCACAGUGUUUAGCAGUCCUAGAUUCGAGGCAGGUAGGUUUUAUGUCUUUUAAUUAGCCAAAGUCUCCUAGCAGCCAAAGGCUUGUGUUAGAUGAGGCAACGGUGGACUUCCUCUUGUCCUUAAAUAAGGGAUUGUCAAUGAUUGAGUGACUGCCUACAGCAACAUACUGACUGUGCAUUCUGUGUUGCACCCAAUGAAAAUGUUCGUAACAUAAUGAAGCGUUGAGAACAGCAGGGAUUUUUAAACCAGAGCGUUUGUGCAAAAGAAAUGUCUUCUGUGGCCUUCAGCUUCCAAGAAAAUGGGAACAGGAUUUUGAGAGUGACUCUGAAAAUGAUUAAGAUAAAGCAAGAAUUUGUGGAAAUAUGUUACUCUUUUGAAAAAGAAAAGUUUCCUUCUCUUUUGAAAAAAAUGGUGGAAUAGGUUUACUUUUGUUUGCUUGUGUUUUUUGUUUUACCAUAUUUUGGGCAAAUGUACGGAGCCCCAAAACUGACAAUGUUUAUCAAAUGAGUCAAAAAUAUAAUGAAUACAUCAAUAAAUCAUAGGAAAAGAAUCGUAAUAAAUUAUACACAGUAGUUAAAUUGUGAAGAUGGAGUAUAAUAGAGCGGCAGAGAUUAUGGUCAAUUAGUCAUUUGACAGAAAAAUACUCCUCAACUAUUUUGGUGAUUAAAAGUUUGGAUCUUAACAGUAUCUUUGGAUUUUAAAUGUUCUGUAUGAUUUAUGUUAGAUUUGCAAGUUUUAUUUUUGUUUUUAGAUAGAAAGUAAUCUGAGACUGGUCAGACCUGGUAUUAACGUCCUUUGCAAGUGGACGUCUCUAAAAACAGGAUUUUAGAUCCCAUCACAUUUGGACGAGGUCGAGGACACAUGAGGCCACAUUUUAUGGAGUGAAUGCAUCCUGGGCCUUUUUCAGAAUGAAGUCUGACCUUUUAAGUAGCUUUAACUGUAGUAGCUGGUGUAGUUUAAUGACAAAACCGAGCUUCAGCUUGGUAGCUUGCUGUCAAAACAUGUGUUCAGUGUGUUUAACGACUAGUGCUAAUUAGUUGGCGUUAAAGGUCCAGUGUGUAAGAUUUAGGUGAAAGGGAUCUAAUGGCAGAAAUUGAAUAUAAACUAAUCCCAGUGAUGUUUUCACUGGUGUAUUUCAUCUAAACUGUACAAAUUGUUGUUUUCUUUACCCUUUAUAUUUAAAUACUUUAUAUUUGCAUCCGGAGCAGGUCUUCUCUAUGGAGGCCGACAUUUUUUUUUACAGGAGCCCAGACUGGACAAACUUAACACCUUACAUAUUUGUGAAUGUGGGGUAUUCAGCUGCAAUAUGCAACUCCACCACUAGAUAUCAGUAAAUUCUACACAUUGAUCCUUUUAGUUAAGAUUAAGUUUAAACAGAUGCAAACCCAGGACCAGUCACUGCUUUAAACAAACAUUCACAUCUCAUGUAUAAAAAGUACAGCUGGAAAAAACACAUAAUACUGUGAGAAAUAUAACGGGUAAAAUAGUCUAUGAUGAAUUUAUUUUUAUCGACAAUUAAAGUUAAAGUAUAGUUUUAUAUUUCUCUUUACACUCCAUUGAAACAAUUUGAUCAAAUCAUUUAUUUGUUGUGUUUUUGACUCAUCUGAAAAUAUUUGACCAUAUUUUGUCAGUUGUUGGGCUGACACAAGAACAUAAACACGUGUAGUUGGUUAUUUUGCAUGUGAACAUUUGGUUAAAACAUUUCUUCAAUGGUGACGUUACCCCUCUUUUGGGAAAAGGUAUAUAUGAUGAUACUGACCGUAGGCAACAAUGCAGUAGACAAUUCAAAGAUGUAUUCUCCACAUACCCUCUACGUUUUCCCAUACUUUGCAGUUGUGUUAAAGACAUCUUAAUGUGUACUGUCAUUUGCUGAUUCUCCACUUUAUAAUGUAAACACUAUGUCUUAGUUAACUCUGGUGUACAAAGACCAUGUGUAAGCAGUAGUCGUCAAGUUCAGAUAUAUUAAAAUACUAAAAACAGAACAAGGACAGUAGUGUCUAGAGGUGCUAAUAACAUUAGACUGUAUUUUCUGUCUUUUCUUGUAUUCUUGACUCGUGUCUACCGUCUGUAACACAGCAGAGCGUAAUGAAAUCAUUUCAAUAUUAAACAGUAUAGAUAUAUUAUUGCAAAUGUGGACGUGUGCUGUGUUUUUGUUUCUGCACAGAUAAAGUGUCAUUGUUUCUUAAAGCACUUGUGACUUUGCUGCCAUCUGUUGGUAAAUGCGGAGCGUCUCGUUGAAACAUUUUCCAUGUUUAUCGAGACGGUUUUUGGUUGAUGUUAAAUAUGUAAAUUUUAUUCCACUCAGUGCAAAGAAAAUGUCCGCAGACCUACACAUUGUUUACAAUUUUACAAACUGAAUCAAUUGCUGAAUCACAUAAAAAAAAUUAUAAAUUUAAAAAAGAACAUUGUCCAUGACAAGAAUCGGCCACAAUCACAAACUUGAGCAGCGUUUUAUAAAAUAAAACAAACACCAAACACACCAGCUGAUUCAUGAC